AUGGAAUUUUACAAUAAUUUAAAAUAUACAAAGAUAUCUAGAGUUAAACUAAAGAGAAAAUAUAUUGUAUUAUUUACACUAUUAAUUUUCAUAUAUAUAAUAGAAUUUAACUCAUUAGCUAAUUCUUUCCAAGAAACAAACACACUUUUAAAUGAAACUGUAAAUAAGACAAAAGAAUUAUCUGAGAAUAUUGAUUCCACAAAAAAUGGAGAUAAUUUAGACACCUCUAAUGGAUUACUUAAUCAACGUGAUUUUGAUGAUGAAAGUGAUGAUGAAGAAUAUGAUCAUCUUAAAUCUCAGAAAUUUGUUAAUAAUGGCACCCAUAAUAUUAUAAAUAAGAAUGGUAAUAAAACAAAUAAUAUUAAAACGUUAUAUUCAAAAGAUUUUAAAGGAAAUCACAUACAAAAUCAAGAAGAACGGACAAGUAAAAGUAAUCAAAAAGUAAAGAAAGUAUCAGAAUCAAAUAUUACAACUAUAGAAGAGGAAAUUGAAAUAAUUAAGAGCAAAUUAAUGAAUUCUACAUUUAAACUUGAUGAUUUUUAUGCAAGAACAGUUUUUGAUAAAUUAUUUGAGAUCUUUGAACCUGCUAGUGAUAAGAUUUUGGACUUUUUGGAAGUAAAUAAAAAUUUGACUAGGAUUAUAGAUACUUCUAAAUCUAUUACUAAUAUUGCAGAUUCAUAUGGAGUUUUGUCAUAUUUAUGGUUUUAUGGAAUACCAAAUAAACGUGGUAGAUUAGAAUUUCCUUAUGGAUGGCCAAGAAAUAUUGAUAUAGCUCUAAGAUAUGCCUUAAAAGGAGCAACCAAAUUUAAUUGUGGUUUUUGCUAUACAAUGAUGGGAUUACUUUUUGCUUGGGGAUAUCCUCCUCUUGUUAAUAAUACUCAUGGAUGGAUAGGAAUUGAUAAUUCUACGUCUAAAGUGGAUUUAUUAAAAUAUUCAGCAUCUAAAAAUACUUACUUCUUAUAUCAAAAUCCACAUAGAUAUACUAAUAACAUGGACUCUGAGAAGAUUAAUUUUCCAUUAGAAAAGAAUGGUUUUGACUUGGUAUCUAUGAAUUAUGCUUUAGCAUCUAAAAAUAAGGAUAUUUUUGGGCAGCUUGCAAAUUCAUACUACUUAAGAUAUAGCCUCUCAGAUAUAAGUUAUCAAUAUAACACAUUAGAGAAUUCAUCUUCUUUUAGUCUUCACAGAGUUCCAAGAAAUUUAACAUCAGUUGUUGGGUUAUCUUCUUCCUCAAGAUGUAUUGUGGCUCUAGAACCUCUAAUCUUUGUAGCAAGUAAAACUCUUGGUGAUAGUAGAGAUCUUUUUCUUCCUGAAAUAUCAACUUUAUUGAGGGAAAAUAAAGCAAAAGAACAUGAGACAAAACACUAUGCUGAAUGGGUUAAAAGUCUUGCAGCUGAUAGAGAUCCAGAAGGAAUGACAUCUUUAGGAGAACUUUAUUAUUAUGGACAUGAAGCAGGUGGAAUAGCAAGAGAUGUAAAUAGGGCUGCUCAACUUUGGGAAGAAUCAGCAAGAAGAGGAGAUCCUCAAGGUGCUUUGGCAAGAGCCUUUUUAAAUUUAGAUGGAACAAUAGGUACAGAAAGAGAUUCUAGUCCUUAUUUAAGACAGGUUGCAAGGAAUGGGGAACCUUCUGCAGCAGCAUUAGCUAACUAUUAUAUAUAUAAGCUUGGACUAGAAGUGGAUAAGAAUUCUACAAUAGCUGGCCAGUAUUUAAAGUUAGCAGCAGAUCUUGGUGAUGGUAAUGCUCAAUUAAUUCUUGCACAUGCUUAUGCUGGAGGAAAAAUGGGAGUGAUACCUCCUGGAGGUCAGAAUGAUACUUUAGCUCUAAAGUAUUAUAAACUUUCAGCUGAGGGAGGUAGAACUGUUGCUUAUUUUAACUCAGCUGUACUAACUUUGAAAGGCUCAGACAAAAAAUACAAAACUGAGGAAAGUAGAUGCACUGCUUCCAUAGACUAUUUGACUCGUGUUGUAAGGAAAAAUAAUCAUGUAAAAUUUUUGAGCCUACUUAGUAGGAAGUCAUAUGAAAAUGGGGAUAUUGUAGGAUCUCUUUUAAGAGAAAUGACCUUAAGUGAAAUGGGUUUCAUUGAGGGACACAUUAAUUCGCAGGAUUUAUGGAAAGAAAAGUCAAUUUUGUUUUAUAAUAAUGCAAUUAAAAAAAUGAUUAAUAAUAUAAAUUACGAUACCUAUAAAAUGAUAGAACCGGUAUGUAAGGUAUCGGAUUUAGAAUCUGUUGAUAUUUUGAAAGAUAAUUAUUUGAAUUUUUUGAAUAUUAUGAAUAAGAUACAAAGUAAAUUAGAUAUAUGUGAGGUUACAGUAUUGGAUGAGAGUAAUGAGAAAUUUUCUACUUUAUAUCCAAACAAAUUUGAUUUGGAAAUGAGUGGAAUCUCUUCUAAAUCUUUUUGUUUGGUAAAGGCAAAUAGGAGAGAAGUUUUCUUUAAUGUUCCAAUCAACUUUGAUAGCUCAAUUAUUCACUUGAAUUCAACUUAUUUCAAAUAUUAUGAUAUGUUUAAUUCACAAAAUGCUACAUUGAGAGGUAAAUUAGAUUUAAAUUACUCAAGAAAUAUGUCAGAAAAGGAGAAAAAUAGGGUAUCUGAAUUUUUAAAUUGUUGGAUGAGACCAAAAUCUUAUUAUGAUAAUUUGGGGAAAAAUAAAAAACCAUUAUUAAAUAGAAUGAUUGGUGAUAGAAUUAUAGAUGAGAUAGAUGAUGAAGAAAGUGAUCAAGAAGAAAUGAAUAUAUUUGAUAGAAUAUUGGAGUUAUGGCAAAGGCCUAAAAGUGGGAGCUAUAGAAGGUACCCAAAACCGUGGUAUAAAGCCUUUAACAAAAUAUUUAAAGUUUUCAAAUAUGUAUUAAAUUCAGCUUUCUUUAAAUCAAUGAAAAACUUAAAUUCUUACUUUGGAACUAAUAUAAAUAAGAAUUAUAUUCAAAAAAAGGAAAAAGGAGGUUUAUUUUCAAGUAUCUUUUUAGAUCUAGAUGAGGAUUUUGAAAUUGAUGAAAAGAAGGUACCGGAAAUUAUACAAUUACAAAGAAACUCAUCUCUUUGGUGUAGUCAUUAUUAUACACGAAGAUCAUCGUCAAAUGGAGAUAUUUCUUCAACCCAAAAUUUGGUUCAACAAUUUUUAGAAGGAAGUUUUGGAGUUAAUAAAGAUCCUGUUUUUGCUUUUAAAUUCAUAAUGCAGGGAGUAAAUAGUAGAGAUCCAAAAUCAAUUUUGGAUUAUGCUAUUGCUCUUAAUAAAGGUAUUGGAGUUAAGAUGGAUAAACCAAAAUCUUAUAGACUUCUUUGGCAUUUGAUGACUAGAGGUCCAUUUAAUAUUGAAGAUAUUCUUCCUAAGGUACCGUCAAAACCCAAGUUUACUCCAUCUAUAUUUGACACUAUUAGGGAAGCUUUGGAACCUUUAAUAAAAAAUAAUACAAAUUUGAAUAAUACACGUAUUAUAAACUUGAAUAAUAAUAAUUACAACAAUAAUAGUAAUGUUUACUUAAAAGAAUCUAAAGAGAUAAAUAACUUUGAUUUUGAAGAUCAUUAUCAAGGAGAGGAUGAUAAUGAGGAAGAACAAGAUCAGGACCAAGAUCAAGAUCAAUCUAGCUUGAAUAGUGAUUCAAAGUAUAAAAAAGGAAGAAGAGCUAGAAUGAAUGAUACUAUUAACAUGAAUCUCAAGACACAACAAGACCUGGCUACCAGAAUCUCAUCUUUUAAUAUUUUAAUGAUAUUAACUUUAGAUUGGAUUUAUUUUAACAUUGUUUUAAGAUGUUAUUACUCUUCUUUGGCUUUGAAGAAUCAGAUUUGGUCUUCUUUAUUUAAUUUAUACUACAAAAACAUGAGUAAUGAAGAUUUAUUAUUGGAGAAUAAGGUGGUUAAUAGUAAUAUUAAUAAAAGUAUGCAUGAUAAAGUUUUGGAAAACGAGAAUUUUAAUAUGAAUUUUUCUUCUUAUGAAUUAAUAAAAAACAGUAUCAAAGAUCCAAGUAGGAUUUUAGAUACUUGUAAUAAUAAUAUAUGUAAUAUUAAUAAAAAGAUCAAAUCUGAAAUAUAUUGUAGUUUAUUUAGACAAGAUUUAUGUGAAUAUUCAGAAACUUCCGAAAAUUUAAAAAGAAACAAUAAAUUAUCAAAUAAUAAUGAAAAAAACAAUGAACUAUUGGAAGAAGAUCUAAUCUUAAUGAUAGAUGAGGAUCCAUUUCCUUUGUUAUCCAAAUUUAGAUAUAUUUCAGAUGAAGAAUAUGGAAGGGCUUCAAAUAUUUGGAAAGCCUCUAUUUCAAUUAGAUUGUACUACUUCAUCUUAAGGAUAGUUAUUAUUAUUGGUACCAUUUCAGUUUUGAUUCCACUUAAUAUUGCUAUAACAGAAAAACUAAGUCAUUAA